AUGUCGUACUUAUCCUAUCGAGACGCCCGCAUGUCCCUCCCCUCCUCAUCCAAGCCCCGCAAAACGCUCCGCUCUCCGAACCGCGAUAUCGCCUUCCGCAACCAAUACAUCGCGCGCUCUAAAACAACCCUUGUCCUGCGCCCUUUCGGCAGCCCCCAAUCAGCCGUCGCAUACAAGAUCACCGAAGAAGACGGCACGCCGCAAUUUACUGUAACCGGCCGCAAAUACAGCGACCGGUCGUGUCGCGAGUUUCGCGAUUCAUCGGGUCUGCCGCUCUUCGAGCUUCAUCGCAAAUGGUACCGCACAAAUAGUUGGUCCGUUAGUUUGCCCGGGUGCGAUACUGCGACGAUAGCUACGGGGUCUCCGCGCUGGGCGCUAGGGAAAACUUCGUUUGGGGAUUUUAAUCUUUCUUUUGAGAAUGCGGCUGCUUUUGGCGGGAAGAGGCUCGACGAGAAGAUGCUUACGUUGAAUAUUGAGAGGCAUGGGAAUGCACUGGCGUUUUUUGAUAUCGUUGAUGGAGAUCGGAAGGUUGCUGAGGUUAAGGAGAGCAUCCAUCACAAUGAACGGCUGGCUUUGCUGGGCCCUAAGAUUGGUUAUAGGCCUGCUAUGGAUGUUAUUAUAAUGCCUGGUGUGGAUAUUUCGCUGGUUGCAACCGUUGCGGUCAUUGUAUCAGACUGGGUAUUCGGAUCAAGUUGA